AUGGAGUACCGUUACUCAUACAUGAUUGAUCCAGAGUCAUAUGACAAUCAAGGGCUUUGCGUUGGAAUUCCUGUGCGCGUGAGCCGCUACUCUUAUCUGGACGAUGCUGCUACUGUCCGACUGCGGAAUGAUUGGCGAAAGUAUGUCGGUCCGCUACCUGCAACAUCACUAGGAGGGAAUAUGGGGCCAUUGUACAACUUCACUUCAGCAGCCAUACCAGAAUGUCGACCAGAACGGUUAGGAAUUGUUGCUUAUAUCAUGGAAUUUGGCUUUCUUCACGACGAUGUUAUUGACGUAGCUAAGAUCUCAAAGGCCAUUGAGCUAAACGCUCAGGUCAUGGAUGCUUUGGACUGGAGCCCGGAGAUUGGCGAAGUCAGCGUCGACUUGAAUGGCGAAAGAAAAAUCCUAGCCAACAUCUUCAAAGAGCUGUCCGCUAUCGACCCCGUGAGAGCGAAGAAUGUUAUAGACUAUUGGAAGAAAGAUCUCGACUUAAAGCGUGACCCGUCGCAUUUUCCGUCAUUGGAUGAUUAUCUAAACUAUCGGGUAGUUGAUAGUGGGUCCUAUUUCUUGAUCGCUAUAGCCACUUUUGGCAUGGCUAUAACGAUCCCUCCAGAGGAGAUGGAUCUAUGUGUACAACUGACUCGACCUGUGUGGUUAGCUGCAGUACUCACGAACGAUAUCCAGUCGUGGGAGAAGGAGCAGAAGCUGGCAAAAAUGCUUAACAAAUCAAGUAUGACCAAUAGCCUUUGGAUCCUGAUGACACAGGAGUCUAUGAGUCUUGGAGAUGCACAGUGUCGUAUUCUCCAGAUGGUAAAGCAGUUUGUGGCUACAUAUGUUGACACGAUAAAAGACGUGAAGGCAAAUGAACAGCUCUCACUCGACUCGCGGGUUUUCAUCGAGGCUAUGGGAUACAUGAUCAGCGGUAAUCUUAUGUGGGGAAAUUCAUGCCCGAGGUAUCAUCCAGAGCAGAAGUUAAAUACACUACAGCUCUCGCAACUUAUGCUAACUGAAGGAUCCCUCGACCACAAUGUUCCGACACCACCAUCCUCGAAUGCUAGCAUAGCUCCAGAGAAAGAGAUGUGCGACACCAUUGAUGCCACUAUAGUAUCUACAACCAGACUCCCUGAAUUGCCAGGAACGGUUCUCUCGGCGCCAGCCGAGUAUGUAGCAUCGCUUCCAUCCAAAAACAUUCGAGAAUUAAUCGGCAACGCUAUCAAUGUAUGGCUAGAUGUUGCACCAGACGAUAUGUCGUGGAUAAAUCAGGCAGUUGGUAUGUUACAUAAUGCCUCACUGAUGCUCGAUGAUGUUCAGGAUGACUCAAGUCUCCGUCGUGGUAAGCCAUCGACUCAUAUGGUCUUUGGUGCCCCACAAACGAUCAACUCGGCCAGCUAUUACAUUCUCGAAGCUAUGAGCAUUAUCAGAAAGCACGAUGACACACAAGGUCUCGAUAUCUUCAGUGAAGAAAUAAGAAAUCUCUUUAUUGGCCAAAGCUAUGAUCUGUACUGGAGUUCGAACGGGAUCCGUCCGACCUUGCAACAAUUUUUGGUAAUGAUUGACGGAAAAACUGGUGGCCUUUUCCGAUUACUUGCAAGACUCAUGAUGGCCAAAGCCCGGUUGCCUUUGGUGCCAAAUCUUAUACCUCUUAUGACCCUGUUCGGAAGGUAUUUCCAAAUUCGCGACGAUUAUGCAAACCUUAACUUACCAGAGUAUAUGGAGCAAAAAGGAUUUUGUGAAGACUUGGAUGGAGGGAAACUCAGCAUUGCUCUGAUAUAUGCAUUUACUCACUCGGAAUCUCAUCUGCUGGAAAAUAUAAUUUCACAGCGGCACAAUACAGGAAAACUUUCCGAGGCUCAAAAGAGACUCAUCCUCCAAUAUCUGCAGGAGUCUGGUAGUGUCGAGUACACCAUUACUAUGCUUAGCAAACUAGGCAUGCAGAUAUUGGCGGAGGUUGCGGGGAUCGAGAAGCACUGUGAGAUUGAGAAUAAAGCCAUUCAAUCCUUGCUAGAGUUAUUGAAGGUCUAG